AUGGAUUCCAGUUUCUGGAACAAGCUGAAAAAGACCAUCAUGACUGCUCCUAGGACCGAGCCUAGUAGCGCCAUGCAAAAAGGUUUCUCGACCCCUGAGAAACGCAGCCUGUACGUUCAGCAGACCGAGAUUCCUAUGCGCCUCAAGAGCAUGGUCGACCUCCUUGUUGACGAAGAGUCUCGUCUCGACGAAGAUUCAGCAAUGGGCGUCUGUAUGGAAUAUCUUGUCAAUAACAGCGUCCUUACCAAGCUAGUGAACAAUGCUGAGGGUGACGAGCCCAAGGGUAUCAUGGGCGAGACGAUUCGGACGAUUGCCAGCAUGAUCAACCUACUGGACGACCGAUUCUUAGUCCACAAAGCUGUCCACACGCCCACCGUCAAGCUCCUCCGGACAUGUGCCCAAGGGUCAGAGUUUGAUGGUGAGAGCUACCAUGAGGAUCUCAUUGAUCUGAUGUACAUCCUUUGCUCCAAGAUCCACGGCUAUCCCGAGCUCCUCAACAUCUUUUUCCACGACAAGCUAUGGCUCACCGUCCCCCAGCGUGGGACUGCCAAGAGACUUCAAAAGACCAUGGAGACCAUGGAGCUGUUAAAGACCAUCAAGACUGCUACUGCCGAUGCAGCCAACGACGCCGCCGCUGCUCAACGAUCACUCGACACAUCGGCAGGACAGGAUUCGGCAACACAGGAUUCGGUUUCAUCGGAUGCACCCAACAAGGACAACUCGACCAUCCCUCAGACGGUCCCUCAACCCAAGAGCGACUAUGAGUUCUUGCUCUUCUCAUACCUCUCACGAUUCGUACACCUGGAAGGAAAAGCCGGCGACUUUGCUCGAACUGGAUUGUUGUUCUUGAUGGAAUUGGCGACUGGAUCACUCGGAGAAUACAUCAUGGAGUUGGGUUUCACCUCCUUUUUGAGUGCAGGAGUCGGUGCGUCUUACUCUCAGCUCCCUCGCAAGUUGCUUGUCCGCGGUGGACCCAACAAUAUAAACAGCAUGGUCGGGACCCUAAACGACCGCGCACCCCCCGCUGAGACUACCCAGUCAAACCGAGUCAACAUUGAAAUAUCGACCUCUCCCGACUUUCAAUCGAGACUGGAUGCUUUCUUGAAGCUGCUCGAGUUCUGCCAGGACAUCAUGAUGCGGUGCCCCAGCAGCGACAUUGUCGCCGCCCUUUUGGUCUCGUUCAAGUCGGUGUUCUUGGAGAACAUUUUGUACCCUUCCAUCUUGGAGUGCUCUGACACGGACGGGAGCUCUGUGGCUGUUAUUAGCUACAUCGAUUUAAUUCUUCAAGUCCUAGAACACGAGGCGUUGGUCGACUUGGUAGUUGGUUUCCUGAUGGCUUCAGACGACGAGCAAAGCAACGUCAAGACAUCCGCAGCUACUGACGACGCAUUCGCAGAGAUUCAGAACCCUCAAGGAACAUCGCCCUACUUCAUGGCUCAUGGACGCUUCACCCUCAAGGAUCUGAUCCUCUCGCGGCUCAAGUCCCGAUCCCAGCCCACAGUGAUUGCGACCUUGAAGCUGUUGAACACCGUCAUCACCCGCCACUGCAAGUACUCGCUCAAGUUGCUCAGCAUCCAGCCAGACAGCAAGGCAACCUCUUUCCGCGAGUCGCCCGACCAAUCCAACUCCAUGGAUGCCGAGUUGACCAUGAUCAGCCACCAUGUCCACGAACUCGACCUCUUUUACGCCCUUAUCUCGACCAUCAAUCCCCACAACACUGCUGAGAUCUUCUGCAACGGAUACGAGUCGUACUUGCGUGAUGCCGAGGGCACCGUUGAGACCCACCAGUGUUUCUUGCAGAGGAAGGAAAGCAGCGAGGCCAAGCCUGGUCAACCCUCUGCCUUGGAGCAGAAGAAGCAACGCCGUCGCAGUAUGAAGUACGGCCAAAAGAUGGAUCUGCCUGACGAACUUUCCGGCGAUGCUUUUAUUCGGGAGCAGGAAAAGACGACAGAAGCUAUGGGCGCUCUUACUUGCUGCGAUAAGGUCCACCCUGUCCCCAUGCACCGCCUGCAGCCUUCGGAUCCACUUUUGCAGAUUUUGCUCGGUACGCUCUAUCACUAUUUCUCUCACAGUGUCGAGCUCAACUUGGCCCUGACUGGAGUCAUCACCUCUUUGGCUGUCUGCCCCUACCGUUCUCUGGAAGGAUGGUUGCUGUUCAAGUCCUCGGAUAUCAAGAAGUCAGCUGAUGAAGAAGGAACCAACCCUCAGUCUGACGUUCGCUUCCAGCUUGGCGACUCUGACGACGAGGACUCGCUGCCCGCCUACCUCACUCGUAGCGCCAAUGGCAAGUCUGGCAAGACUGCCUCGCCUGUCCCUGCCACCAAUGCCGAUGCCUCCGAAUCGCCCGCCUUCAAGUCUUUCCCUCCGUUCUUCACUAUGCUCAAGACCUUGACCCAGCAGGUGGACUACUACAGGAGCGAGAUUGAUGGAUUCGACGAGUACCUUGCUGAUCGCCGCCGCGGCCUUUUGGUCGCCACGGAACUCAACAGCGCCAUUCAUACCCCUGGCUUGGCCAACGACCGUCGCCGCGCACCUCAACACCAGCAUCAACAAUACUCUCAACAGUACCAACAGCCUCAGUCUCAGCAGUACCCGCAGCAAUACCAGCAGUACCAGCAACCUCAACAGUAUCACAGUGGACCCCAGGCGUCAUAUGACCCUCGUCACCAACAUGCACCUUCGAUGGCAGCCUCGAUGAGCCCUGGACCCAUGGGAUCGACUCCUCGCACUCCAGUCGCCGGAGCACGUCCCCCUACCCUUAUGAUCCCUUCGCCCAAGGCCAGAAAGAGCAGUUCACCUUCGAGUCUCAUGUCGUCGCCCUCCAACAUGUCGUUCCUCUCGCCUACGACAGGUAUCAGUAAGCGUCCUUUUGGCAAGAACGCUACCCCAGUCGCGUCUGGUGCUAGCGAUGGCAAUGGCGGACCAUUGGCUCCAGCUCUGGAAGCUGAGGUCAAUGUGUCAUCGCCUACGUCCCCUGUCGUAGUCUACCCUCCUAGAGGGUCCUCUAUCGUGGCUGGUUCCCUCCCACUGUACACAAACUCGAACUACUCGACUUCGAUGGGUGCUCGGUCAACGGGACCCGCUGGUAUGGCCGGACCUGCCGGCACUCAACCUUCUUCCUGGGGAUCGUACGGCACUCAGGCCAACCAUACCCCCAACCCUAUGCUUCUCAGGACCAUGGACACUAUGUUGAUCAAACCCCUGUUCUCCGAUGGAUUCAUCAACGACUCUGACAGCGAGACUGACGGCGAGACAGGACGGUCAGAGAUGAGUGAGGAGGAGGACAGCGUGGAGGGAUCUGUUGGUAGAUCGGAUGAAGCUGGCGAUGCUCCAAAGACUCCCAAGCCCUCAAGGCGGACACGCGAGGCAUCUUCGAGCACGACAGCCUCAGGCGAAAUUCCGAGCUCUGGAAGGCGCGAGAAGACCGUGACGUUGGGUCAGCUUUUGACGAACGUUGUUAUCCUGGAGGAGGUUGUCAAGGAGAUUGUUGCGGUCGCACAAGUGCGCCGUGGACUUGGCGUUGACAAGGUGCGGUUUCUGUAG